CCGAGCAAUUUACACCCACUACACAGCCCUGAGACUGGAGAGUGAUAGAGCAAGAAUGGCAGCUCACAUGACAGUCCCCAGCGACGCCCAGCUGAUUAAGGCGCAGGCUGACCUGCAGCGCCACAGCCUCACCUACCUCACGUCCAUGGCACUCAGGUGCGCCAUCGAGCUCGGCAUCCCGACGGCCAUCCACCGCCUCGGCGGCACCGCGUCGUUGGCCGACCUGAUGGCCGCGCUGUCCCUUCCGCCACCCAAGGCGCCGUUUCUCAGCCGCGUCCUGCGGCUGCUGGCCAAAUCCGACGCACUGUCGUGCACCGAGGACGGGGUCUACAGCCUCACCCCGCUGUCCUACAUCCUUGUGGACGGCGUGCUCAUCGACGGCGAGGCCAGGCAGAUCGCCUUCCCGCUGGCCGUCACCUCGCGGUACCACAUGGAGUCAGGUUUAGGACUGGCCGACUGGUUCAAGAAUGAUCGUGCACUACCAGUGCCAUCUCCGUUUGAGCAUGUGCACGCGGCGGCGCCCUUCGACGAGAGCAUGACGCUCCUCGAUCCUGAGACCGACAAGCUGUUCUAUGAGGCCUUGGCCGCCCAUGACCAUAUGGGGAUCGGCACGGUUGUACGGGAAUGCCGUGGGCUGUUCAAUGGUCUGGAGUCACUCACCGACUGCUGUGGUGGUGAUGGGACGACCGCAAGGGCCAUCGUCAAGGCCUUCCCGCAUAUCAAGUGCAAUGUGUUGGACCUUCCAAAGGUGAUCGAGAAAGUCCCAAGUGAUGGUGUUGUUAACUAUGUCGCUGGUGACCUCUUCCAUACCGUCCCACCAGCUCAGGCCGUCAUGCUCAAGCUUGUUCUACACUUCUGGAGCGACGAGGAUUGCAUCAAGAUCCUCGCUCAAUGCAAGAAGGCCAUACCUUCCCGAGAAAUGGGAGGAAAAGUGAUCAUCAUAGACAUAGUGCUUGGAUCUUCUCUAGAGACAAUAACUGAAACCGAACUGCUGAUGGACAUGCUGAUGUUCAUAUGUACCAGAGGACGGCAACGGGAUGAAAAGGAGUGGAGCACGAUCUUUACGAAAGCAGGGUUUAGCAACUAUAAGAUUGUCAAGAAACUUGGCCAUCGAGGUGUCAUCGAGGUCUAUCCAUAAGGUUGGUGCAGAUGCCCAUCUGGUGUGUGUUCUAUAUGAAUAGUAGUGUGAAAUAAGAAAUAAAUAAGUACAGUGCCUUACUCGUCAAUGGAAAAUGCAACAAAUUCUUAAGUAGACGAAGUGGUAAGGGGCCGGUCGCUUGAGAACUGUAUGCACGUAACCACUCAUAUGUAUGUAUGUAUGUAUGUAUGUAUGUAUAUGGCAUGUUUGUAUGUUCCAAUAAUUUAAGAUGUUAAGCCUUGUUGUUUUGGUAUGUGUA